UUCUACAGAUGAGAACAGUGGAGGAGGAGCUAUAGUAUGAGCGUGUUGUAAAUGACAGACGACAGAGAGAUCGCAGCUCUACCGCUGCUGACCAAAGACGAUUAUAACCAUGAACUCCAGCACAAGCAACACUCUGUCGAGCGUUAUGGAAUAUCAGAAUGGUCACAAGGAUGUUGACGCAAACAGUGUUGAAGACGAACCCCUUCUCAAAGAAAACCCAAAGCGAUUUGUAAUUUUUCCGAUUCAGUAUCCCGACAUCUGGAAAAUGUACAAACAAGCCCAGGCGUCAUUUUGGACAGUUGAGGAGGUGGAUUUAUCAAAGGACUUGGUCCACUGGGACAGCCUGAAGUCUGAAGAGAAACACUUCAUAUCCCAUGUACUGGCUUUCUUUGCAGCAAGUGAUGGGAUAGUCAACGAGAACCUGGUGCAGCGGUUCAGUCAAGAGGUGCAGAUCCCAGAGGCUCGCUCCUUCUACGGCUUUCAGAUCCUCAUAGAGAAUGUGCACUCCGAAAUGUACAGCAUGCUCAUCAACACCUACAUAAGGGAUCUGAAAGAGAGGGACUUUUUGUUCAAUGCAAUUCACACCAUGCCUUUUGUAAGGCGGAAAGCAGACUGGGCCUUACAGUGGAUCUCUGACACAAACUCAACUUUUGGAGAACGAUUAGUAGCAUUUGCAGCAGUGGAAGGCAUCUUCUUCUCUGGAUCAUUUGCGGCCAUCUACUGGUUGAAGAAAAGAGGCCUGAUGCCAGGACUCACUUACUCCAAUGAACUCAUCAGCAGAGAUGAGGGUCUGCACUGUAAUUUUGCAUGUCUAAUGUACAGCUACUUGGUGAAGAAACCUUCUGCUGACCGAGUGAAAGACAUCAUCACAAAAGCUGUGAGCAUUGAACAGGAGUUUCUCACAGAAGCCUUACCCGUCAAUUUGAUCGGGAUGAACUGCUCUCUCAUGAAGCAGUACAUUGAGUUUGUGGCUGACCGGCUGCUAACAGACUUAGGAUUGCCCAAAGUUUACAAGUCAGAAAACCCCUUCGACUUCAUGGAGUCCAUUUCAUUGGAGGGAAAAACUAAUUUCUUCGAGAAGCGAGUGGCUGAAUACCAGCGACUUGGAGUGAUGUCAAAUGUGAUGGACUGUGAAUUCACUCUUGAUGCAGAUUUCUAACGAUGAACUACAAGAAAUAUUAUUUAUUUUUUUGGGACAGUUUCAGUAAAAACAAACAAAAAACAAGCCAUAUCACCUUCAGACCUUGUCGAAAAGAAGUGGAAAUCAGGUUUACCAGUUUCUGAAUAACAUGGUAACGAAUUUGUCAAAGAGCUCACCAAAGUGGACGUGUGGCUUUAGCGUAUUCAGACCAGACUUGGUGUGUGUUAUGACAACCAUUAUCUGAGGUUGCAUGCACAGUUUCAACAUACUGCCACCACUGGUCAGGAGAUAUGAAAAAUGGCUAUGUUUGCUUAUAACUUAAUGGAUUGGCCAAAAAUCACAAGACUCUGGUCUCUUUCAGUCUGGAGUAGCAUGCCAAGUGGAAUGGCAACCAGUUUUCCUGUGUCUACCAAUUUGGGCAUUAGUUUUUACGAAUGUUAUUUUUUACUAAUGAACUGGUGUAUAGUUCUGAAACUUGGUAUGUGUCUUCAGCACAAACUCCAAAAGUUUAAUGGCAGUGCCAUCUUGUGGUCAAAAAUUACAAUGAAAAAAAAAAUACUCUUAAUAACUUUUGACUCAUGUUCCCUCUUGUCAUGAGACUGGUCUUUUUAGAGUCCUUGGAUUAUGCAGAGAACAAUAAUACUAAUUAUGCCAU